AUGGUCGGCGUUGGAAUAGAGCAUGUAACCCCGAUUGUACGUCAAGUCCUCGAUGCUAUCGGUAUCGAUAAACAAAAAGUGAUUGUCGCUGUUCAACAAAUUCCUGCACGAAUGGAAGAAGUGAAACCAGCACUCAACGGCGAUGAAAAGAUGUUUAUAACUUUGUGCAAAAUCAACGUCAAGCUAGAAUCCAAAUCAUCCGAUAUAAAAAAUGUUUUCGAAAAAAACAAAGAUGUGUUAGAUGCAGCUGCGUAUAAAAUCCUCGGUCCAGCUAUAGGCAGCAUCGAAUCAAUCAAAUCUGGUCUGGAUAGUUUCGAAGAUCAUAUACAGGCUGUUAGACAAUGUCUGGAAGAAAAUAUUCAUCAGUCGAAGUUAAGCUUUGGAUCAGUUGAAAACCAAUGUGGUGAACUGCAUCGAGUGAGCAAUCGAAAUUUGGCUGGUAAUUUGAUAGUUGGACGGAUCUUUGCUGAGUGUAUCGGAAAGUUUAUGAAAAAGAAUAACAAUCAAACGAUGAAAAUGCUCGACGAUUGUAUUGAUCAAACAAUUACUCAUCCAAUUGCGGAAAAUAUGUGUGCAAGAGAAAUUGGAAAGACUGAAAAACAAUUAUCGCAAAAGUUUCUCACAGCCAUAGCAUUCAUUUAG